UGGGAUUUCUGGUUUGACUUGACCCUGGAUGGAGAUGGAGCCAGUCCGGACGAAAAUCUCCAGCUUGACAUCUUCUCUCCUGGCUCGGAACCUCGAAGGCGCCCGGGCUCAAACAAAGUGAGGCAUCUGCUUCCUGGAGAUACGUCCUCAGAGGCAACAUUUGACACGAUCCGGGCCUGGAUGAAAGACUGUGUGAACAAUCAUACAAACUGCCCCAACCCCCACGCUGGCAAUAGUAACCCUACACCGCCACUCCCUCGCCGGCUUCUGGAGGUCGCGAAUGGCAAAGUAGUGCUCCGUGAAGAUACUGCGCAAAAGAAACAUCCUUAUGCAUGCCUGAGCCACUGUUGGGGUCCUUCCCCACGACGUCCGGAGAGCACUAUUCUCAAAUCAAAAUGGGCCACGAUAGAACAGUUCAAGGUUGAAGUGCCGUGGGCAGAGCUUACUAAAACGUUUCAAGACGCCAUAGACAUCUGUCGCCGGCUCGGCAUCGAUUUUCUGUGGAUCGAUUCUCUCUGCAUUCUUCAAGACAGCAACGACGAUUGGUCUUUGAACGCCGCUGAGGUUGGUUCCAUUUACGAAAACGCUCUGAUCACCAUUGCUGCCUCAAAAUCCAAGGAAGGCUGCCAAGGUUGCUAUACCACAACUGAUGCUCGCCACCUUGCUCGCCUGGUUGACGGGAGCAAGGAUGUCUAUGUACGGCUAAAACCCCCAAGCUACCCAGUGCACGAGGUCCACCUGGAUCUAGAGAACUUCCCCCUGUUGGACCGCGCCUGGGUGUAUCAAGAGAUGCACCUGUCGGUUCGCGUGCUCCACUUUUGCUCCCAAGAGGUAAUGUGGUCCUGCCGGCAGAUGAGGAGAAGUGAAAGCGGCGUCAGCGAUGAGGACGCGACGGACGAAUUCGUUCAUUUGUCGGAUCUGCACGGUUGGGAUCCUUCGUGGAAGGUCCUGGGCAAAAUCGGGCAUGAAGACCCAAGGGCACUGUGGUAUCGAACCGUGGAAGAGUAUACACGUCUGCAUAUCUCGUAUCCAAGUGAUAUUUUCCCAGCAUUGGCCGCUUUGACUCAAAGGAUGCAAAAGCUAAGACCUGAAGACAGAUUUCUGGGAGGUCUCUGGAAAGAAACUCUCCUCCUGGAUCUAAUGUGGCGGACUUCGGCCGGGCCACAGUUUGCCAGACCAGCCAAAUGGAGGGCUCCGAGUUGGUCCUGGGCCUCUGUCCAAGUUCAAGUCGCGUGGGACCUGAGGCUGGAUUCCGUUUAUGGAGGGGUCGAAUUACUGGACGUCUAUUGCGAUACCAAGGGACCGCCGGAGAUGGGCAACUUCUCCACUAGCCAGGACGAGGUUCGAAUUGCCCUUCGCGCACCUCUUCUCAAAGCAACUUGGAAAAAGCCAUGGAUCCGGAGUCGAUGGCCUGAACUCACGAGGAUCGCGGGGGCGGAAGAUGGCAAAAUGGAUGUGAACCGGUACUAUCCGGACUACGACUACGAUUUGCCAGGCGAGCAUCGUAUACCAUGGAAUUCGGAGGUCUUUAUCGUGCCGAUCGCGAUACUGACCUUAGUUCCUGAUGAAGAUGGCGGCGAGGGGCCAAACAACAAUCUGCAUCUGGCGUUGGUACUGCGACCAAAUGGAGGAAGUGGCAUCUAUGAGCGUAUCGGCUAUGUUGAACUUGUCGAAGAUCAUAUCGUGGUGGAUUGGAGCCGUGAAGGAUUCCAAGCACGCUUUGACAGAGUGGAUGCUAUACUGAGGGCUAUUCCGCGGCAGGACAUUACUAUCGUCUGAGGGGACCAUUGUCCCUUGCCCAGAGACUGCUUAGAGGUGCCAUUGUAGACGUGGUUGGAGGCUCUACUCGGUAUUGCCCCCGUCGAGUACUCGGUACUCUGGAUAGAUGCUAGAGCCACCAUGAUUG